UGCACGGGGAAACAUUCUGUGGUACUGGUAGUACUGUGUGUUUGCGUAGUAGAUUCCAAAAUAACAUCAGACAACCAGACUUCACUUUGUUAAAUCAUAUCGGUUUUUGUGUUGGUGCACGCAUACAUAAGCUAAUUAAAGGUACUAAAGUAGUACCAAAACAUCUCCAUUUGUCGUUUGUGUAGUGUUAUUUGUGUUUAACCGGUUCAUUGGAUGAUUGUUGGUGGUACCGGGUUAGUGUACGAAGUUUUUGAUUCUAGUACUUGGACUAACUGUAACUCCAAUAUUUACUUAUUUUUGUUCAGUUAAUAGGGUUUACAGAGAUGGGAAUGAAAGGUCCGAGAUAACCUAGACCAUGAUGCGUAGUCGCACCCCCUCCCAAGGAGGGGGCUCGCAAGGAUUCGAAAUGGAGAGGAAAUACUCGGUACCUUCUAACCCGGAAUCAAGAGCCUUUUCGGGUGGAACUACCAGUGAAGAUCUGCACGCUUGGUCGAUAUAUAGGCAAAAUCUAAAUUCAGAUUUCACUGAUAGUGCUUUGGGAUCCACAGAUAAGAGUCCACUUCCUUAUGGCAAUUUUCAGCUUCGAGAUACAACGGUGCAGUCUAUCCUCUCUCAUCCUCGUUAUGGUCCUAAGUCAGCCCUGGGCUCCAACAUGUACACCUACCUAAAAUUCGGCCUUCCGAGGGUGUUCCCACCGAACCAUAAUGGUUCUAAUCGGUCUGGUACUCCACAACAUUUUCGACGAAACUCGUCCACUAGACCGCAUAACAUUCGGCGUUCGAAAGCAGGAAGUCAUGGACCAAGAGAUGGAAGUUCUGGAUAUGAUAGUUCUGACAAUGAAACGAGCCACAACUAUAAGCAAAAUCGAAAAUAUCGAUCGGACCCUGAUUUCAGAAUGCAAAAUGUGUAUCACGCUGAGCAAACGAGUCCUGGGAUCCCAUUGGCAGCCAUGCACCAAGGUGAUAUACGACACUCAAACAGUCAAUGGAAUAGAAAUAAGAGCAUUUCGGAAGCCAAUCUUUUGGCUUUAGGUUAUAAUAGAUCCUGUCAUAAUAGCGAACGCCAUCUAAUAGAUCCUCGAAGAAACAGUGUUGCCGAUUAUGGACACCACAAUCACGAUGUCGUGGAUCAUAGUGUCAUGGGUCAUAUGGGAAGACCAAUGUCCAAAACUGAAAGUCAUUUCUCUGUGCCUCAUUCAAGAAGAGGACCACCAUCUAUUCUUCGAACCGAUUAUCUCAAUCAAGAUGAUGAAUCUGGAACCACGUUUAUGUUUCCACAUUUACAGGCACAUGGAUUAGGCAUUUUCCCAAGCUCCCAGUCUUGCACCAAAUCCCGUCAACACCUUCUUCUUAACGAAAUAUCGUUUGAAAUUCGAGGGGGCGAAAUAAUGGCCAUUAUGACGACUUCCGAGGAAGAAGGUACCGCCUUGUUGGACAUCAUUGCUGGGUUCUCGUCACCAGCUUUAGGAACAAUAUUUUUAAAUGGACAUAGCGUCAGAGCGCAUACAUUGAAAUCUAGAGUAGCUUAUGUCCAAAAUGACUUGAAUUUAUGUAAGGAUAUGACAGUUGUACAGACUUUAAGAUUACAUUAUGAUCUUAAGAAACCAACAGAGAAAUUAGGGUAUUUAAAAAUUGAAUCUAUGGAUAGGAUAAACGUUUUAAUAGACGAUCUAGGCUUAGAGCAAGUCCGAAACACCAAGGUAUCUAUGAUGACAAUCUCAGAGAGAAGAAGACUGAACGUAGCGUGUCACCUUAUCCUCGACACUGAUAUCGUACUCUUAGACCAACCCACCAAAAGCAUGGACAUUUUCGAUACCUUUUUUUUAGUCGAAUAUUUAAAACAAUGGGCGAGCGGUGGGGCAGGUAGUACUUUGGGGCGGAUAGUGAUAUUGACGAUGCAUCCCCCCACUUACGAGAUAUUUACUAUGCUGUCUAGGAUUUUGUUGGUGUCGGCGGGGAGGACUAUGUAUAGUGGAAGACGACGGGACAUGCUGCCAUAUUUUGCUCUAGUUGAGUAUCCCUGUCCGGCUUUUAAGAAUCCCUCGGAUUACUACCUUGAUCUCGUAACCUUGGACGAUCUCGCAGCGGAGGCUAUGUUAGAAUCAUCACAACGAAUUGAACAGUUGGCUGAAAUAUUUAGACAAAAACAGGAACCCUUAAGCGACCCAGGACCACCUUCAUCUUUGCCGCUCACUGUACGAAACUGUAAUUGUUUUGUAGCUGCAUUUGCUUUGUUUACGAAAUCCAUGAUCUACACCCAACCCGCGACUUUCCUCAGCUGGCUCACAGUGAUAGUCCUUUCAGCCAGUCUAUCCCUUAUUCUUGGCGCCAUAUUUUGGGAUAUCCCUUCCACCGAUCCUCAACUUAUAUUAAACGACAGGUACGGGUACCACUACAGCGUCAUGUGCAUUGUACAUUGGCCAUUAUUGCUAGCGAUGACUGUCAAUGAAGUUAGAAGAAAUAGAAAGGUGAUUGAGAGAGAUAUUAAAGAUGGACUGUAUGGUAGAGUCACCUAUAUCAUAACAAAAUCCAUCAUCAAUAUAUUUCCAUCAUUGUUUGUAUGGCUGAUCUAUGUAGUCCCUAGUUACUCUAUGACUGGCUUAUACAUGCAGCAUUUGAAUAAUUACGAUGGUUUCUAUAUUUAUAUAGGGGUAAUGUUGUUAUAUCUUAGCUGCAUCCAAAUAUUUUUGAUGGCAUUUAUCUACACAGUCCCUUUGAGCAACACAGCCACAAUAUUCUGCGGUACAGUACUCUCAGCUUUCUUCCUGAGUGCUGGAUAUUCAUUGCACCUCAAAGAUAUUCCAAUGUAUUUACAAUGGAUUGAAAAAAUAAGCCCAAGCGAGUGGUUGAUACCAUAUUUACUAAAUAGAGAACUUUCUACAGAAGCCAUACAGAGUUUGCAAGGGACAAUAACCACCCUUUGCAGAAAUAAACAGAUUCAACACCAGGAUAUUAUAGUCCAAUUGCCAUGUCCACCUCCAAAUGGAACAAAUAGUCUAAAAAGCUUUGGUUACUUAAAGUCUGAUAACUUAACCUUCGACUAUGGUAACCCAGUUAUAGCAAUGGGCGUAUUUUACUGUAUCUUCUUCGUGAUCUCUUGCUUCAUGUUCGCUCUCAAUUUGUGCAGAAGCAGACGAAGGCGUAGACAAGACACUAAGAACGAUGCAAAUAAACCAUGAAAUUUUAAAUAGUUAAUAGGUUGAUGUAAUACGAAUUUUAACUAAAGAAAUUGUAAAGAAGAUUGUAAAGUUAUAGAAGAAGAAAGGGCACUAUAAAAAAUAUAAAAGUUAAUGUGCCAAUGCACAGAAAAAGCUAUGAGUUUGUUUGAAAAACAUUAAAACAGUUUUAUAGAUAUUAUAGCUGAAACAUGUUGUUUAUAUCUCUAGCAUUACCAAUAAAUAUUAAAUUGUUAACAUUUAGACAUAUUUUGUACAUAAUAUCUGUAAUAUUUGAAAUAUUUUAUUAUUAUCUAUUUAUUUCUGAUAUAAAUGAUAAGUUUAAUAUUAUACAGGGUGUUUCAUUGGGAAACGGAAAUACUUUAAUUGUGAAUAGAGGUCACCGAGGCGGUUCUAAGUAUACUACAUUUUUUGCCCUACCGACAUUUAUAACCGAGUUACAGGGUGUUUUAUCGAUUUUGCCAAUUUCUUUCCUAAGCCAUAACUUUAGAACCACCCUGUAUAUCUUUUUGAUAUUUGGUACACAUGUGUCCCAUCCAAAAGCCAAACGACCGACAUAAUAAUCAAAAGAAAAAAAUCCAGGUCAGGAUUAACAAAAAAUUAUAAAGUAAUUAUGAUCUUAAAACAACACCCUGUAUACUGAAAUUCUGAAAACCUGUUUGCAUAUUUGAAAAGAGCACAAAAAACUAAGUCUAAUCAUUCGCUUCAAUUUUUCGGCCAGACAAUUUUAUGACUUUAAUUUUGAAAUUAUGUUGAAUUUUUUAAGAACUCUGACAUUAAAAAGCAGGUAUUAUUAACUUUUAAUUAUAAAUUAUUAAAGCUAUUGAAUAAAUACUCAUUUCAUAAUUAAUCAAUACUUAUUUAUCACAUUGGAAUGACCCAAUUAUUAAUCACAAGAAAAAUCCAGGUCCGGAUUAACAAAAAAACAUAAAAUAAUUGUGAUCUUGAAACAACACCCUGUAUAUUGAAAUUUUCAAAAUAUGUUUGCAAGACCACAAAAAUCUGAGUUUAUCGGUUUGCUUUAAUUUUUUGUGAAGGAAAUUUAAUGACUUUAAUUUUGAAAUUAAAUAUAUUGAUACUUUUAAGAACACUGAAAUUAAAACGCAGAUUUUUAAAGCACUUUUAACAAUAAAUUAUUAAAGUUAUUAAAUAAAUACCCGUUUUCAAAAUAAUCAAUACUUAUUUACGACAUUAGAACGACGCACUUACAAAUCACAACAAAAAUCCAGGUCCGAAUUAACAAAACAAUAUAAAGUAAAUGUAACCUUGAAACAACACCCUGUAUAUUGAAAUUUUCAAAAUCUGUUUGCACAUAGGUAUGAAAAGAGCACAAAAAACUAAGUUUAAUCGUUCGCUUCAAUUUUUUGGCCAGAAAAUUUGAUGAAUUUAAUUUUGAAAUUAUGUCGAAAUUUUUAGGAACUUUGGGAACUCAUAAUAAAAAUUUCGAUAUAAUUUCAAAAGUAACGUCAUUAAAUUGUCUGCACAAAAAAUUAAAGCGGGAAAUUUUUUCGUGCUUUCUUCAGGUGUGCAAACGUAUUUUAAAAAUUCCAAUAUACAGGGUGUUUUUUCAAGGUCACAAUUACUUUGUAUUUUGUUGUUAAUACGGACCUGGGUUUUUUUGUGGUUAGUAAGUGAGUCAUUCUAACGCAGUAAAUAAUUACUGAUUAUUUUUACAAUUAGUAUUUAUUCAUUAUCUUGAAUGAUAUAUUAUUAAAAGUGCUUUAAAAACCUUCUUAUUAAUUUCGAGGUUCUUAAAAAUUUGAAUAUAUUUAAUUUCAAAAUUAAAGUUAAUAAACUUUUGUACAAAAAAUCAAAGCAAACCGAUAAACUCGGAUUUUUGUGGUUUUUUCAAAUGUGCAAACAAAUUUUGAAAAUAAUCAAUAUACAGAGUGUUGUUUCAAGGUCACAAUUACUUUAUGGUUUUUUGUUAAUCCGGACCUGGAUUUUUCUUGUGAUUAACAAUUGGGUCUUCCCAAUGUGGUAAAUAAGUAGGUUUUUAUUAAUUUUAAAAUGAGUAUUUAUUCAAUAGCUAUAAUAAUUUUAAUUCAAAGUUAAUAAUACCUGCUUUUUAAUGUUGAGUUCUUCAAAAAUUCAGUACAUAAUUUCAAAAUUAAAGUCAAAAAUUGUCUGGCCACAAAAUCUAAGCAAACCAUUAGACUUAGUUUUUGUGCUGUUUUCAAAUAUCCAAACAGAUUUUCAAAAUUUCAAUAUACAGGGUGUUGUUUUAAGGUCACAAUUACUUUAUAACUUUUUGUUAAUCCGGACCUGCAUUUUUCUUGUGAUUAGAAUGUCAGUCGUUUGGGUUUUGAAUGAGACAUAUGUGUACCAAAUAUUAAAAAAAUAUACAGGGUGGUUCUAAAGUUAGGGCUUAGGAAAGAAAUGAGCAAAAUCGUUAAAACACCCUGUAACUCGGUUAUAAAAGCCGGUAGAGCAAAAAAUGUAGUAUACCUAGAACGGCCUCGGUGACCUCUAUUCACCAUUAAAGUAUUUCCGUUUCCCAAUGAAACACCCUGUAUACUACUACAAAUAAAGUAUUUUAUAAGUGCCUUAAUAAUAAUAAUACAAUUAUUAUCAUUUUCCAAUUUAGAGGAAAAGUAUAUGAUAAUUCUAGAUAUGUUUAAAAAUAAAAAUAAACUAUUUAUGUAUA